AUGGAGAACUUUCUCUAUAUUCACCUUUCGAUGACAAUUAUUUUCUCAAUUCUUCUUGUUGUUUUAGGCAAUGAAAAAUCUUUUUCACCCCUUAACUCCACUUAUAUUAAGCUAGCUAAAGAAAGAUUUAUGUCUCUUGAUCCGACUAAGCUUCCAGAUCCACCAAUGCCAUCCUAUACUUUUGUUAUUUACCAUCGCGAUGUAUUUGAAAAAUCAAAGUUCAAGGGCUAUGAUUCAUUGAUUGAAAAAAGGCUUGCGCGAUGUCAUGCUAGAGCAAAUUCUUUAGCAUCGAUUUUUGAAAUAGGAAAUCGGACUGCACGAGGGAGCAAGAUCAGCCACGAAAAGGUUCCAAAAUCAACAAGCACACAUUACGCAAAUGGUGAGUAUGUUGCAUCUUUUAUGCUUGGCAGUCAAGAAGUUAAAAAUUACUUGCUAGUAGACACCGGAAGUGAUUUAGUUUGGUGGCAAUGUGGACCAUGUGAACCAAAUAAGUGUUACGAACAAAAACUUCAGCCUUUAUAUGUUCCCACAAAUUCAAAAGUAUUCCGAAAGAUAGAUUGCUUUCUACAUAGUGAAAGAUGUUUAGAUGAUCUGGACCUAAAUUAUAAGUGUACUAGUGAUCAUAGUUGUACCUACGAUGUGAAAUACGCGAGUGGAGAAAGAUCAAAAGGAUACAUGGCAGAUGAUGUGAUUACUUUUGUUUUAGACCAAAGACCAGUUAGGAUUAUAUUUGGAUGUGGCCAAGAUCAAACAAAUGGAACUGCUUUUAGUGGUGAAUUUUCUGGAGUUGUUGGCCUUGGGCGUAGAAAAAUCAUUGGUGGAUAUUCUUUACCAACACAAUUUGGAGCGGACUUAAUGUCCAUGUGUCUCCCACCAUAUUAUUCAGCAAAGGAAUCUACACUUAGCUUCCAUAAAACCAUAUUUCCAAGAGCAACAUCAGCAAAACUAAUACUAAAUCUCAAGUAUCCUUCAUUUUAUUUUGUCGACCUUUAUAAAGUUUUCAUUAAUGACAAGGAAGUUCAACUGAGCCCGUCAUGGUGGAAUUUUAGAAAGGACUUGACUGGUGGGGUCCUCUUGGAUACUGGAACAUUUAUUUCUCGAUUUCCUCAAGAAUUUUACACUCUAUUUCGUUACGUAUUUAGAGAAGAAGUACGAGAUAUUCCCCUGGUUGAUACUCCAGCUGAACCUUUUGACACUUGCUAUAAAGCGGAUCCGAGUCGUGAAGUAAAUUUUCCUGUUGUGAAGCUGUACUUUGGCAGCGUAAGCCCGAGUACCAUGUUGUUACUGGUAAAUGAACGAGUUGUUGUGCACUUUAAUGGACAAUAUUGCAUGGCUUUUUUACCAUGGGAAAGACCCUUCGCAAUAUUAGGAAGUAAUCAACUUCAAGGUGUAGGAUUAACUUUUGAUACUUCAGCAAACACUGUGUCCUUUGAUAUAGAUGCAUGUAUUAAACUAUGA